GGUCCAUACCUACUCAAUUAACGUUUCGUCGCGUCGAGGUGUCGCGUUUCACUGAUACGAGUGUUUAUUUGCCUUGCUGUCGACCACUAGGCGACAUGUCUAAUUAUUCGCUCGCUAUAUUGAUAAGUGCAUUUAAUUUGAUUUUGUGUGUAGCUGGAAGUAAUCCAACCCUAAAUGAUAUAAUAUUUAACGGGGACUAUGAAUUUAUUGACUUGACGUAUCCAUUUGAUAAAAAUACCAUUUAUUGGCCUAAUGCGGAAAGUUUUGCAUUUACAAGAAAGAACGAAGCAUUUGGCAGUGAUGGUGCUUGGUACGCGGCUAAUAAUUUCGCAGCAGGUGAACAUGGUGGUACUCACAUAGAUGCGCCUUACCAUUUCCAAGUCAAUGGCAUACGCGUAGGAGCUUUACCAUUAGACAAACUUAUUGUGCCUCUUAUAAUAGCAGACAUAAGUUCAAAAGUAAACGAUGACCCGACCUUUGUACUGCAAAAGUAUCAUUUGGAUAACAUGCUAAACGAUAAUUUUGGAAAACCUUGCGUAAUCGUAUUUAAGUUUGGAUGGAGCAAGUUCUUUAACGAUAGAAAGAAAUACCUGGGAAUACAACCAAAUGGAACUUUAAACUUCCCAGGCUUAAGUGCGGAAGUAGCAGAAUGGAUUACAUCAUCAUACAAGAACAUUGUAGGUAUAGGCGUUGAUACGGCUUCCGUAGAUCCAGGCUCGAGUAUUGAUUAUCCGGUACACAAAAUAGCAUCUGCGGCAGGUCUUUAUAAUCUUGAAAACGUCAAGUUGGAUGAAUCAGUGCCUGAUUACGGUUGCACAGCUCUGAUAUUGCCAAUGAAAAUUGCUUUAGGGUCUGGAGCGCCUCUACGAAUAGUGGCUAUCUGUCCUAAACAAAUACCUACCCAUUUUUAACUAAUAAUAAUAAAUAUUAUUAUAUUCAUGUA